UGAAAGCAACAGGCUUCCUUGCGCUCUGCCUUUGGGGGAGCACGUUCAGCCCCCGCGCCGCGGGUGGGCACGAGCUGGCACGCUGCCCCCGGGAGCGCUGCCCUCGGCAAUGGACAGCCCCAUGCCGCCCCCGUCCCGUUUUGCUUUAAAUCCUCAUCAUUAAGCAGUUGCAACUUCCUCCCUCUACAGCGGUGCCGAGCUCUGCGAGGAGCUCCUAGCUCCCCCCGCCCGCGGCUCUCAAUCAAGCAGCGCCUAAGGGACCCUUCUCCUCGUGCGAGGCCCUCUGUGGGUGGCUUCUUUUUAUUUCGCCUCCCGUUUAAAAAGACGCCAACCUGUCCGCCGAGCAUGUUUCCCUUCUAGUAAGGAAGCUCCACCUCUGCGAGGACUUGAUUCGUCUAGCACUUUUUAAGAUAAUUUAUGGAGCAACCUGAGGAGCUUAUUGGCCAAGUUGCAUGGUCCUUUUAGAGUCGGAUCCUACCUGGCUGGGGGGUUGUCUGCCUCUCGCUCCUACGCGCUUGGGGGAUGCCGAGAUUGCAGAGUAACUACUAGAGAGUGACUAGUAAGAGAAGAGAGACUUAAAGCCAAUGGAUUCAUGGAGGCGUCCCUCCUUCCCGUGGCCUCUGUGCAGUCCCCGCAGCAGGAUGAGGCUUCUGCUCCUGCUAUUGACCGUGCGGUUGGGGAACUGUGCUGAUAAAGCAGAUGAUGAGGAUGAUGAAGAUCUAACAGUGAACAAAACAUGGGUACUUGCACCAAAGAUACAUGGUGGAGAUGUCACUCACAUACUGGACUCGUUACUUCAAGGCUAUGACAGUAAACUUCGGCCAGAUAUUGGAGUGAGAACUACGGUAAUUGAAACAGAUGUCUAUGUUAACAGCAUUGGCCCAGUUGAUCCAAUCAAUAUGGAAUACACCAUAGAUAUAAUUUUUGCCCAGACUUGGUAUGAUAGUCGCCUAAAGUUUAACAGCUCAAUGAAAGUGCUUAUGCUUAAUAGCAAUAUGGUUGGAAAAAUUUGGAUUCCAGACACUUUCUUCCGUAACUCAAGAAAAUCUGAUGCUCAUUGGAUCACAACUCCAAAUCGUUUGCUUCGAAUCUGGAGUGAUGGACGAGUAUUGUAUACUCUGAGGUUGACAAUUAAUGCUGAAUGUUAUCUUCAGCUUCAUAACUUUCCUAUGGAUGAGCAUUCCUGUCCUCUGGAGUUUUCAAGCUAUGGAUACCCCAGAAAUGAAAUUGAAUACAAAUGGAAGAAAACCUCUGUUGCAGUCGCAGAUCCCAAAUACUGGAGAUUGUACCAGUUUGCAUUUGUAGGGUUACGAAAUACAACUGAAAUUUCUCAUACUCUGUCUGGGGACUAUAUUAUCAUGACAAUCUUCUUUGAUCUGAGCAGACGUAUGGGAUACUUUACUAUUCAGACAUACAUUCCUUGUAUACUAACAGUUGUUCUUUCAUGGGUCUCAUUUUGGAUUAAUAAAGACGCUGUGCCUGCAAGGACAUCAUUAGGUAUUACUACAGUACUGACUAUGACAACACUAAGUACAAUUGCUAGGAAAUCUCUCCCCAAGGUUUCAUAUGUGACAGCAAUGGACCUUUUUGUUUCAGUUUGCUUCAUUUUUGUGUUUGCUGCCUUGAUGGAAUAUGGCACCUUGCAUUACUUCACCAGCAACAAAAAAGGGAACAAAGAGAAAGAGAAGUCAUCAAAACACAAGCCAGCUAAAUCGUCUGCAAUUGCUGUCCGUCCUGGAUCAACAUUAAUAGCAAUUAACAACAUUAAUCACCUCCAGCAGCGUGACCAGGAUUAUGGAUAUGAGUGCCUCGAAGGCAAAGACUGCACCAGCUUUUUUUGUUGUUUUGAAGACUGCCGCACAGGUUCCUGGAGAGAAGGAAGAAUACACAUCCGUGUUGCCAAAAUCGACUCCUAUUCUCGAAUCUUCUUUCCAACAGCCUUUGCCUUGUUCAAUCUCGUUUACUGGAUUGGCUACCUUUACCUAUAAAUUCCAGAGGUUUGACAAACUCAGAAAAGGGAUAAGUUAACACCGAUACUGUUUAAUGUACCUCAGUGAACAAUAUAGAAUUAGAGCUGCUCAAAAUUUCUGAAAUUCGCAUGAAAAUUGAAAUUCUUGAAAAAAAGAAAGGAAAUAGAAUGACAUUUUCAUACUUUUCCAUCUCUAAUUAAUCAAUUAUAUAGAUAAUUUUUAACUUUUGAAAUUAGGGGCGAAACUUUCAAAAUACUUUUUCUGAAAUUCUUCCUUUUUUCCAGCUCUAACAAAAAUGCAGAGAAACCAGUGGUUAAAUGGCUGAAUCAGGCACCUCUUCAUAACUUUUAAGUUUUGUUUUUAAAUGGAAUAACAGCUAAACAUUGUAGCAUCUCUUACACCAAAGUUAACAAAGCCUUAAUAAAACAGGUUUAGCGCCACUGUUACUGAAUCAUUCUCAUAUCUACCUUUUCUACCACAGAGUGACUUUUAAAAAUAAAAAACACCUGAACUUUUAUAAAUUCCUGUUUUAAAGAGGUUGGCAUGGAAUAUUCCUCUGGUCCAUUUAACCAUUUGUCCUCUGCAUAAUACUGGUUACAAGUAUGUGUAAACCUGAAUGCACUUAAUUAGCACUUAAUGAAAGCAGCAUGAAACUGACAGGUUAUACGAAGGCAAUAGUAAUUCUGAACUGGUGUGAUCCUGACCAUCACAUAAGUUUUGUGCUUAAGUUUAUGCUUGUACUUUUCCCAUCAUUACUUAGCUAUUGGUAGUUUCCUAGGGUUCCGAAAAAAGGGCAAAAUCCUGCAGAGAUUCUUAACUAGUGUAAAUUGGUGCAGCUCUACUGAUUUCACCAGAACUAUUCCACUUUAAACCAGAUCAGGAUUUGGCCCUGAACAUGGUGCUUCUCCUUCCUCUCUCCUGCUCCCUUCCCCCAACUAGUCUCAUUCAUUUAAAUGGACUACCCGUAGUUGUAAAAAGCAUUGUGCUCAGUAGAGUUUGUAAGACUUGGGGCCAGCUAUUGUUCUCCCAAAUUCUGCCACUGCCACAUGACAUUCAGAGGCAUUACUUUCCAACUCCAGCCCUCAGAGCAAAGGGCAUGGCCGCCUUCAUUUCAUCAGAAACCCAUAUUGUUUACUGGUUAAUCCAAAAUGGCAGUGCUUCUAUUGAUUCUGUUUGUCUCUGUGUGUCUCCUUCGGAGCCAACACUCAAAAGCAGCAGUUUUAGUACACUUGUAAUAUGAAUUGUUUCAUAAUAGCUAUUGUAACAAUUGUAUAUUUAAUUGGAAAUGUGUGGUGUUGAGAAAGAAAAAUAAUUAUGCAUUUCAGGUAAUUCUCCAUGGAGCAAAACACAUCCCUAAAAAGCAUAGGACCCUGUCAUACACCCCCUCCUCACUCAGAUGUCCCAUUGACAUUAGUGGAUAUUGUGCAAGUGGUGGACUUUCCAGACUGAGCUCACUGCUUGUUUGCUGGCUAAAUUAAUUAGCACUUUUACAUCAUCAAUAAUUUUGCCUUCACUGCAGAAAAGUACAAUCCUUUCUGCUUUCUGACCUUUCAUAGACAAUGAAACUGGUCUCAAGCUAACCCACAAAAGUCAGCUGUGUAAUUGAAGAAUUCCUUAACUAAAAGUCAAACAAGGAUACUUUAAAGGGGAUUUAUGGGACAAGGAGUUGUCUACUAUAGAUGGGGCUUAGUGAAGACUUCACUGUGCCAGAGGAUACCUCCACAAAGCAUAAAGAAAAUAACUGAUAGCUUGAAGUAGACAAAGAUUUAUCAUUUUAAAGGGGAAGACCCGAGAGUUCUAUUGAAUAGCAUACCUUCUCUGGAUGUGUCUCAGAAACAUGCUGUAUCCUUAUAGUCGCUGAUACAAGAAACAAUAUGGCUUGAUAUAAAUUCGACACUGAAUUCAGAGGUCCAGAUCCUCAAAAAUAUGUAGGUGCCUAACUCCCAUUGAAAUCAAUGGGAUUUAGGAGCCUUAACGUCUUUUGAGGAUCUGGGCUAGAGGAACUACUCAUGUGAAAUUUGAAAACUGCAUUUGACCUCUGAGUUCAAUGAAGAAUCAAAGGCCAAAAAAAAAACCAAACCCUGGGGGGUUUCUGGGGGGGGAAAUGUAUUGAUGGACACAGUUUAAUGCAAACUUUAUUUCAAUAUUUAGCUGAUAGAAUGUAGAAAUGAUCAGGAGAAUCUGAAAGACUGCCACUGACAUUGUCAGAUUUCUUUUACUGGGUGACCUUUUCAGAGCUCAGGCCUUUUCGGAGCUUAGGGAGCUCAGCCUUUUGCAGGAGGAAAUCAGUACUUCACUGUUGCAGAGGGAACUCUGUCUUGGCACAUCCGGUUAGUUAUUUCUAUUUCAUUUAGUUGUCAGUUGCCAAUCAGCUCCAGUGAAUGAAUUAGCAAAGAGAGAACAUCCUGAAUUGGCAGGGGAUUGACAAGAAGUCUGUCAUCUCUAAUUUGUAUGAAACAAUGUAAUGGAGUAUUAAAGCUAUUGAAUGUUAGGGCUGUUUGGUUUAUAAAUACACUUGCUUCUGUCUGUUAACCAACUUUUGUGUGUACCUCAUUUGUUUCUGGUGAAAUCAUUUCAGGUCUUCAUAGUACUGUGUGUGCAAACAGAAAUGAGAAUGCAGUGAACUAUAACUUGGCAUGGAAUAAAUGUGUUGAUUUAGCCCUACAUGUUUCCUUUCUAGUCUGCAUGGAAACACUCCCUAGAUACCAAGACAUCUAACUGAACUUAAUGAAAAAUGACAGAGAUUAGAUGUGAUCAUCUUUCAAAUACACAUAGCUAUAAAAUGGAGAGUGGCUUAUUUGGUGAAGUAUGCCAUUGUGAGAUCUGGAGGUUUGGAGUAGUGCACUCUGGCCCCAAUUCAGCAUAGCACUUAAGUGCAUGCUUAAGUCCAUCCCUGUUCAGAACAAUACUUGGCCUGGAUUCAGGAAAGCACUUAUGCAUGUGUUUAAGUGGUCUCAAGAAUAGAGAUGUUUUCCUAAAAUGAGGCCUUAAACAUGUGAUUUCAAUAGGCAGCACUUAAAUGACUGAGCCCUAACAACAUGAUCCAAAGCAUAUUUAAGUUGAUGGGAGGUUUUCUCAUUGAUUGCAAAGGGCUUUGGAGCAGCUGCCAUAUAAAUGAAGACGGGUGGGAAAAUGGAAAUAGAGAAAACUGCAUGAAACUGUGCUUCAUAGGCUUGGGAAAUUUCUGAAAUGUUUCUUGUGAAAGAUCUUAAGUGAUACUUUUAUAGUCAAGUGAUCAUCUCUCCAUUGUGUAGUUAAUGCAGCUAAAUGUGUUAUUUUGCAGCAAGGUUUUGUGUAUUUGAUUGUAUUUCACUCAUUACCCUCAGUGUUUGAAUGUUUUAUUUUAUGUAGUGACAGGACCAAGCAAAAAAAAGUGAACUCUGAUUACUGUGCUUCACACAAUUUCUUUCAAUAUGCUUCACAGGCCUAGUCCCUUGUCUGAUGACAUGGAAUGUUGCAACAUUUUAAAGAAAAAAAUCACUUCCGACAAUGUUGUUUUGCCACUGUAAUUACCUGUUGCUUACUUGUUAUGUUAAUGUACGGUUUGUUUGAUAUUUGAAAGAUCUUUGUAAUUUGAUCAUCAUGUGAACCCUUAGCCUGUCUUUCGUAUCAAAAGCUCACAGAAAAAGAUUAUAUUUAUUUUUUAAAUAUUUGUAUAAAACCAGAUAUUUUGUUUGUAUCCUGCACCAUCACAAUUCAUAUUUUCAGAUUUACUGCAAAUAAGCCUAAUUUGUGUUUUUUUUAAAAUCCUUAUCGGUGUUUAAAGUUAAAUUGCACACUGUUGUAAUUCUUCUUUGCAUAGUCAUAUUUUCAAAAUAAUCUUUUAUCUGUUUUUAUGGUAUCCAUCUAAAAAUGCAGCUUCUAAUGAUUAUGCAUACAGCCAAUGGAAAGCAAAAUCAUUGUCCAUGAGCUAAUUAAACAAGUUACUAAAAUACAAGAACAGAACUUGACAGUAUUACUUUGUUUUCAUUUCUAUAGAAGCUUAAAUCUCCAACACACCUUGAUAAACAUGGCAAGGAAGCAAUUCACCGAGGUGUAGAAGUUCCACAUUGGCAGGUCUGCACACGUAAAGCAUCAACAUGGCAGAGUACAUGCACUGUAAGCUAUGGAAGGUCUCUGUCCUGGCUUUUAAUAAACUUGAGAUUUUCAAAAGCAUUCAGCAUUGGACUAAUUUUGUUCUUAGUGAGGUCAGUGGGAACUGUACCACUGACUUCAAUGGGACAGAAUUAGGUCACUUUUGAAAAACUUCACCCUAACAUCCUGGCCACUGUAUCAUCUUGGCUUCUUUUAGCUUUAGAGUAUCUUUCAGAGGUGCUCCGUGUGACACUAUUAGUCUCCCUGCAGGUUAAUUGACUGUCUGUUUUUAAAAUAGCAUCAGAAAAAAAAUUGUAACCAACCAGAUUUAAAAUAAGAAAUAAUUAAACAACACCCAGGGUUUUUUCUAGAGAUUAAUGACUGGCUGGAAGGAGUUAACGGCAUUAACCCCACUGGUCGUGAAUUUCUGUGAAAUAUCCUGUUAUAGGGAUACUAUUGUUAUUAUGAUUUUAAACUAAGGUGGAAAACAUUUUUGUUUUAUGGCUGAUUGUUUCAAUUGGUUUUUACAGGGCCUUUCUUGAGAAUUAAUGCCAUCUACAUUAAGCCAAGAAGAUUGCAUGAAUCACAUCUCAUUGUCUCAUAAAAAAUAUUCACUGUAUCUGCACAAAAAAUCAGACUAAGUAAAUAAAUUGU